AUGGCGGAGGCGAUCAUCGGGCCUCUGGUUGGGAGGCUGCAGGAGGUGGCCGUCGGCGAGGCCCGGGCGCUGGUGGGGGUGAACGCCGACAUCCACCGGCUCUGGGACAAGCUCAUGUGGCUGCAGGCCUUCCUCCGCGAGGCCGACACCAGGCGCCGUGCCGUCACCCACGAAGUCACCAGGGUCUGGACGCUGCAGACGCGGGACGCCGUCUUCGACGCCGAGGACGCCCUCGAUCAUUACCAUCUCCAUGUGGACCUGUCCAGGUGGGCUCGUCCUACUAUGAUAUGUCUCGAAACAUUCACAACUCAAGUACGGAUGAGACGCGGCCUAUCUACAAAAAUUAGAGCCAUCAACAUGAGGCUUGAUGGCAUCAUUGAAAACAAAGAAAAAUACAAGAUAGAGGAUUCCAAUAAGAAGAUAGAUGUGACAUGGAAACCUUCUACCUCAACAUGUAUACGUUACACUCAUAGAAAGUUGUAA